AAUGAAAAUAAGCUCUGAUCAUUUUGGGACAACCCUUUAUUUUAGUAUCAGCUGCGGGAUCACGAAAACACCGAGUUUUCUCCUAAGAAUUUCUUGUUUUCCUAAUUUUUUAAUUUAAAUUCGUGUUAUAAAAUGGCCAGCUACGUGGGCAGAGUCUCAAAAUUGUCUUCUGUGUUGCUGAAUUUCUCCUGCAACGGUUGGCGUACCUUGAGUACCACUCCAGCCAGCUGGCAGAAGAAGAGUGUAACGGACAAGACGGGAAAGAAUAUUGUUCUUGUCGAUGGGGUUAGAACACCCUUCCUCACGUCCGGAAGUGACUACGCAAAGCUGAUGCCGCAUGAACUGGCUCGUCACUCCCUCGUGAGUCUCCUAAAGAAGACUGGUGUGGACAAGGAGGUGAUUGAAUACAUUGUCUACGGCACAGUCAUCCAGGAAGUCAAGACUUCCAAUAUUGGACGAGAAGCUGCCCUCAGUGCUGGCUUCAGCAAUCACACACCAGCUCACACAGUCACAAUGGCCUGUAUUAGUUCCAAUCAAGCCAUGACUACCGGUAUUGGACUCAUUGCCACUGGAACGUACGACGUUGUCGUGGCAGGAGGAGUGGAGUUCAUGUCUGAUGUUCCAAUCCGGCAUAGCCGGAAGAUGAGGAGUUUGAUGCUAAAGGCAAAUAAGGCCAAGACACCAAUGGCAAAGCUCUCACUCCUGUCUACCCUGAGACCGGGUCAUUUGAUCCCAGAACUCCCAGCUGUGGCUGAGUUCUCAUCAGGAGAAACAAUGGGGCACUCUGCAGAUCGUCUCUCGGCAGCAUUCAAUGUUUCAAGGAAGGAACAAGAUGAUUAUGCACUCCGGAGUCACACAAUGGCCAAGACAGCUCAACAAAAGGGCUACUUGACAGAUUUGGUUCCCUUCAAGGUGUCCGGUGUGGACAAAGUUGUGAGUGAAGACAAUGGGAUUCGCGUCUCGACGCCAGAAUCUCUGGCUAAACUCAGACCAGCUUUUGUUAAACCCCACGGAACCAUCACAGCAGCCAAUGCAUCCUUCCUGACUGAUGGAGCUUCUGCGUGCUUGAUCACAACAGAAGCCAAGGCGAAGGAGUUGGGACUCAAGCCAAAAGCCUACCUUCGUGAUUUUCUGUACGUUUCUCAAGAUCCCGUGGAUCAGUUGCUCCUUGGACCAGCCUAUGGAAUCCCAAAGGUCCUCAAGAAAGCCAAUCUCAAGCUGAAUGACAUCGACACGUGGGAGAUUCACGAAGCAUUUGCCGGACAAAUUAUUGCAAAUCUCAAGGCAAUGGAUUCCGAUUGGUUUUGCAAGACCUACAUGGGUCUCAGUGAGAAAGUUGGGACCCCGGAUUUGGCAAAAUGGAACAACUGGGGCGGCUCCUUGUCCAUUGGGCAUCCAUUUGCAGCAACAGGUGUAAGGCUCUGCAUGCAUACGGCCAAUCGUCUUGUUCGGGAGAAUGGACAAAUUGGUUUGGUUGCAGCCUGUGCUGCUGGCGGACAGGGUGUUGCAAUGAUUCUCGAAAGGCAUCCCGAUGCAACGGCUGAUUAAAUUCAAGACAUUCAUCACAUUAAUUCAUUGUUAUUCAUCGCAUUUUUUUGUCAUAAUUCCCUUUUCUCUUAUGAAGGUCUCCUAGCUUUUUUUUUUUAAUGAAUCCCCAGAGUUGAUUUAUUUUAUAUCCGAGUGGGAAAUAAAGGUGGAUUUCUAGCAAAAAAAA